GGUGCUGGGGAUGGCACCAACGCAGCCUCUGCAAAGGCCUUUGCAGAGUUGGGAGGGUUUGGGACCGCUGGGCACUGGGUGCUGAAGCCCCCGGACCCGCCGGUGCCGUGGGGAGCUCCGGGACCCCCGAUGGAGCCCGGGCAGGAUGCGGGCGGCUGGAGCGGAGUGCAGCGGCCUGCACCGGGGGAUGGCCGCCCGCAUCCUGCACCGCCUGCGGCACGCGUUGUCCGGUGACGGUGGCCGGGAGGAGCGGCCGUGCGGCGGCGCUGAGGCCGAGGACUGCCCCGAGAGCUCGGAGCUGGAGGAUGACACGGAGGGGCUAUCGACGCGGCUCAGCGGCACCCUGAGCUUCACCAGCCACGAGGAGGAGGAGGACGAGGAGGAGGAGGAGGGUGCGGGAGAGGAGCCGGGGCAGGCACCGCAGCCGGCGGCAGCCGAGGACGGAGAGUGGGGCCCUGAGGCCGAGCGCGGCGGCGGCAGCAGCCUCCUGAGCCGGCAGCUGCAGGAGCUGUGGCGCAGGUCCCGGGGCAGUCUGGUACCGCAGCGUCUGCUCUUCGAGGUCACCAGCGCCAGCGUGGUCAGCGAGCGCUCCUCCAAGUACGUGCUCUACACCAUCUACCUGAUCCGCUCCGGCCGGUUUGACAAGGCCCCCGCUGCCAUUGCCCGGCGUUACUCGGACUUUGAGCGGCUGAACCGCCGCCUGCGCUGCCGCUUCGGCUGUGACAUGGCCGGAAUCGCCUUCCCCAGGAAGAGGCUGCGCCAAAACUUCACUGCUGAGACCAUCGCCAAGCGGAGCCGAGCCUUCGAGCAGUUCCUGUCCCACCUGCACUCCAUCGCCGAGAUCCGCCGCUCCCCAGAGUUCCUCGAGUUCUUCUUCCUGCAGGACCUGCAGGCUGCACAGCGCCUGACCUGCACCGGCAUGUACCGCGAGGCCCUGGCUACCUGGGCCAAUGCCUACCGGCUGCAGGACCGGCUGGGGGCCUGCGGCUCCAGCCGCUUCCUGCUGACGCUGGCCGGGCUCGCCGUCUGCCACCAGGAGCUGGAUGAGCUCAGCGAGGCCCAUGGGUGCUGCGAGCAGGCUCUGCAGCUGCUGGAGGCUCAGGGCAGUCACCCGCUGCUGGGGCCCUUCCUGCAGGCACACGUCCACCUCGCCUGGAAGGUGGGCAAGGACAAGCGGCGCUCGGAGGCUCUGCUGCAGGACCUGCGGGAGGCUGGGCCCCCCCUGCAGCAGCAGCCCACCCUCAAGGAGUGCCUCAUCAAGGAGCCUCUGGAGUGAGCAUCCCACUGGUGCUGCGGUGAAUGGGGACAGGGGAGAGCAGCGAUGGUGCUGGCACGAGGGGGAUGGCGCAGGGAGGCAGCUCUGUGGUCCUGCAGCAGCACAGCCCAUGCCCGGGAGCCGCCUCAAAAAUGCACUUUCUCUGUGGUUCAUCCACCCCAUCCUGUGGGGCUGGGCACUCACCAAUGCCCCAGUACUGCUGGGAGCUGGCUUGAGGGGCUUCGGGGGCGGAUGGGACCUCAGCUGGGUCAUACUGGCACUGCAGAAGGGAGCAGGAGGCAUCUGCAAAGUCCAGGGCUCUUGCCAGAAGCUUCCCAUAGAACUUGCAUAAGGACUUUAUUUAAUAAAGUCUCAGUAGGAAGCAGA